CUACCUCCCUCACUCAGUCGCUCCGCGUCGUUCCACCGGCGCAGAUCGCGUCGCGUCCGCACUCCGCCACGGCCGAUUCUAUAAUAACACGUCGUGUGUGAUUCGGAUUCCUAAUUCGAAUAUUGAGUGAUUUAAUUUUCUUUUUUUAAUUUCGUCUGUGCAGUGAGCCAGGAUUUUUUCAGCCCGAUCUAAAAGUUGAUUCAACGUAGGCUAUACCUAGAUGUCACAACUGUUUCGUAUGCACCCAUCAAGCUAGCUAAACACAAGGGGGUACAGCAACCCUGAUGCCAAAGAUGAGAGUGGCGACAGCGGCUGCGUGCGUGGCGCUACUCGCUUUCAACUAUGCUGCCCUGGUAGCUGGGGAUGAAGCGAAAGCGGAUUCCGUGGAGAGCGCGAGCGAGUCCACGGGAUCAUCACAAGAGGAGGGCGAGUGGGUACCUAAGGAGGCGUGGAUGCGGGCGCCGGCGGGCGGCGUGGCUGUGCGCAGCGGCGAGGACGCACUGCUGACGUGCGUGGUACUCGGCGCGCGCGGCCGCCCAGUCCUGUGGAAGCGUGCCCGAGAUCUGCAGCUGCUGACUGCGGGGGGCGUUAGAGUUACAAGGGACGACAGGGUGCGAGUGCUGCAUGAUGACUCGGAAGAGCCUAUCAAAGGUCCAGGCAUCAGGAAAGGUGGCGACGUGUGGGCGCUAGUCAUCAAGUCGGUGAAGCCUUCGGACGCUGGACUCUACAUGUGUGAGCUUAACACGGAACCACCUGUCAGAAGUUUCCAUCGACUUACUGUAAUAUCCCGCGGUCUAACACCACCGGAGAAUCAGAAUACAACAGACACGUACUCCGCCAACAUUCCAACGCUAUCGUCACUAGCAUUGGCACACAACUACACGGAGUGCUGCCUGGCCGCCAACGUCAGCACCAGCUGCCUCGGCUUCUGCAGCAUUCAGACCAUCCUCGAAGGCACCGGCCAAGACCCUGAGCUCUGCCAGCCAGACUUCCCUGCUAUAGUCAAAUGCAUGGCGGAUGGCCGCAACCAUGUGCCGUGCUGCGUGCAGGAGCGAGUGCCGGACAUCUGCCAGGAUGUGUGUCGCGGAGAGUUCACACCCGUUACUGACAACAUCAAGACUCAUUACUCCUGCGCCACUUACAUGGAGAAGACGCUAGCCUGCAUCGUCGAGGGUAUUGAACUGCUGCCAAGUCCACCAGAAGAUGUGGAAGUUGAGCCGCUCAACGAGAAACAACUGAACGUAUCGUGGAGCCCGCCCGUAGAGAACUCAGAUACGGUCACAGAGUAUAUAGUCAAUGUGACCACUCUGCGCUCAUUCGAUGCCCAUCUCAUAGACCCCUCUGAGAGUUCGAUAAAGAGUAACGAGACAAAAACCAGCCAGUCGAUGGCGUAUAAAGUUCAAGCGAAUAAAACCUCCUUUAUCGUGAACGACUUGCUUCCAUUCACGAUGUAUGAGGUCACAGUGACCUCGUUCAAUAUUCACGGCUCCAGUCUACCGAGCUACAGUGUAAGAUCACUAACCCUGACUCCCGGCAAGAUGAAGACCACGCAAGUAGCACCAGCCCCCAAGCUGCCUGACGUCAGAGGGUGCUGCAUCUCAGCGGGGGUCAAUCAUUACGGCUGUGUAGAGAAGCUAUGCGACCCCACAAAGACGUAUGAAAUUGAUCUGCAGGUGACAGACCUGAUGAUCUGCGCGCCCUGGGCCGGCGCCACCUUCGGCUGCCUCGCCAACGGCAUGGACCACACGCCGUGCUGCCGCGCGCGCGGCCUGCCCGCGCCCUGCCUGCCGCUCUGCAGCGGGAACAUCACCACACUAGACUUCAAUCACUUCAAGUGCCUCCGCUAUAUGAGCUCGUACACGAACUGCCUGCUGCAAGGGUACGGCGUGCUGCCGGGCGCGCCCACCAGGCUGCACCUCACCAACAUCGACACGGACUACGCCGUGGUGCACUGGGCGCCGCCCGCCGCGCUGCCCGACACCGUGCAGCACUACAACCUGCACUACAAGGCACUCGCGCUUGAAGACGACUACACCAUACUCAAGAAGGUUCAUUCCCCUUACAUCCUGGAGAAUUUGGAGUCAAACAGCGAUUACGAGAUCUACGUAGAAGCAGUCAACGAACACGGAGUUGGCGACGCCUCGCCUAGGCUGAUAUUCAGGACUCAGAGUCAGGUGUUAGAAGAGGAGGAGAUAUCGGCGAACGCGUACAACGUGAGCGCGUGCUGCGAGCGCGUGUCGCUGGCGGGCGUGUGCAUGCCGCUGUGCUCCUACGACGCCAAGAUGUCGGACCUGCGCACGUUGGCGCCGCUCUGCGCGCAGGAGUUCCACAAGCUGCUGCGCUGCGGCGCUGGAGGUCGCAACCACGAGGAGUGCUGCGCGCGGCGCGGCGUGCCCGCGCACUGCCGCGGCGUCUGCGCGUCGGCUCACGCGGGCGGCGUCAACGUCUGCGUGCCCUACAUCGGCAACAUCGUGCAGUGCUUCGAAGAGGGCACGGGGCUGCUGCCGGGCCCGCCGCGCGAGCUGCACGCGGUGGUGUCGGGCGAGGGCAAGCUGUUCCUGGAGUGGGCUCCGCCGGCGGACGGCGCCAACGCCACCGCCUACACCGUGCACUGGCAGCAAGUCGGCAACAACUCGCAGCCUUACUACUACAACACGCUGCAAUUGGACAAUAAACUGAACGUGAGCGAGCCGAUGGCGCGGAUCGUGGACCUGGAGCCGAACGCGACGUACCACGUGUUCGUGGUGGCGGCCAACCAGCACGGCUCCUCGCUGCCCUCCAGCAUGCUGCUGCUCAACAUCACCGACAAAGAUUCAGAGAAGGAGGUGUCUGGUAUCCCGUCGCCGCCGCACUCGCUGGCGGUGUCCUCGCACUCCGCCACGUGGCUGACGCUGUCGUGGCAGCCGCCGCAGUUCUCUCUGCCAGACGAGAAGAUUACCUACACAUUAUUCUACAAGUCGCCGAGCCAGCUCGGGUCCGGCAACGUGACGCGCGUGGAGACGACGGUGCCGGGACACACGCUGGAGAAGCUCUCCCCCAACACGCAGUACGUGGUGUGGGUGACCGCGCACGCCGCCGCCGGCGACUCGCUGCCCUCCGAGACACUGCUCGCCUGGACGGACCCUGCCUACCCCGCAUACGUUGAACCACCGACAGUGAACCCGGUGAACCUCGUGGUAGAAGGUUCCAGUAUGACGAUACUCUGCAUCGCCAUGGGCACGCCCACGCCCACCAUCUCGCUCUACAUAUCUGGGCGCUUGGUGCGGCAAGAGGUGACGCGCCACAUGGUGACCGUGAUCCACAACGUGACGCGGGACAUGGACCAGAUCUCGUGCUACGCGGACAACGGCUACGGCACGCCCAUGCAGGCCUCCAGGAAGAUCAACAUAUCUCAUGUGCCAACAAUCCAAGCAUCAGGUAUAACGAUGGCGGCGGCCGGAGACUCCGUGAUCCUGGAGUGUCGUGUGGAGGCGCUGCCGAAGCCCACCAUCGCCUUCUGGAGGGACCCCAACGGCAGGACCCCGGUUAUUGAUGGACCUAACUACACUAUACAAUUACUUGCUGACCCUGAAGAUCAAACGAAGUACACAAUGCGUUUAAUAAUAAAGAAGAUAUCAGAGUCUGACGAGGCGGACUACUUCUGCCACGCGGAGAACGCGUUCGGCAAAACGCUGCGGCCCGUGUCCGUGCGCCUGCGACACGCCGCGCCGCAGCACAACGUCACACACUGCUGCACGCAGAUGAACGUGUCGUCAGCGUGCAUAGACGCGUGCAGCUUCCACCUCGACAUGGACAACAUCAUGGACCGGCCUGAAUGUCUCGACGACUUCGAAAAGCUCAUGAAGUGCGCCGCUGAUGGAUCCGACCACCGCGGGUGCUGCGCGUCGUGGGGCGUGCCGCGCUCCUGCCUGGAGCUGUGCCGCGGCGGCGCGGUGGCGCGCUCCUGCGCGCUGCAGCUCGCCUGCUUCAGGGACGCCGGCGCGCGCUUGCCGGGCCCGCCCAGGGAGCUGCGCGCGCACGCCGCGCCCACUCCGCACGCUGUGCUACUUAGCUGGGAGCCGCCGCUGAAGAACCCGCAGACGGUGUACCUGUACCGCGUGUUCUGGCGCGCGUACGGCGCCAAGGUGCCGGAGAAGCUGGACACCAGCGAGACCAGCGUCGUGCUGACCGGCCUGCGCGAUGACGUCAGAUACGAGUGCGUCGUCAAAGCCGCCAAUGACGUCGGCACGUCGUCGCUGAGCGCACCCAUCAUGUUCACGACGGCGGGAGAGGAACCUGGGGCAGGGGCGGGCGCGGCGGCGGCGCCGGUGGCGGGCGGCGCGGCCUCCGCAGUCGGCGCCGCGCUCGCCUGCGUGCUGCUCGCCGCGCUGCUGCUCGCCGCAGGAUUCUACUACCGACAUAGGAAGAAUUUAAGACUCAAAACGCAAGGAGGAGUUGCGUUUGAAAAUCCAAGUUACCUCAGAGAAACUAAUACUGAUACAUUAGGAAAUGGUACUGUGGCGAACGGCAGCGCGAGCAAUGGCGGCGCGCCGGGGCUGGGCGUGUCGAGCAGCGCGGCGUGGCGGCAGGAGACGCUGCAGCAGGCGGGGCGGGAGAUGGGGCGGGAGGGGGGCCGCGAGGUGGAGCCCACGCUGUACGAGGAGCUGAAGCUGGGGCAGGACGGCGCGGGCUUCAAGCGGCUAAAGCCAUAGCCCGCGGCGCGCUCGACGCUCCGCUCGCCGAGCGGCUCGCCGAGCACUUCGCCGCGCCGCUCGCCGCACCGCUCGCCGCGCUUCUCCUCGCCCCGCGUCGCGCCCAAGUACUGAACUCUGUGUGCUCUCUUCUUCAUAAAAAGUGACUGAUUUCUAUCCUUCAUCAAACAAUGUGAAUAAUUACAAAAUAUGUACGUAGUUUAUACAAUUAUGAAGUAACAACUUUUUUAGAGAACCAUAGAUCGUUUUAAAGUAAAAUGUGUGUAAAUAUUAUAAAACAGUAAUGUAAUUUUGAUUCGUUUAAAAAAGUACUUAUUAAAAAUGAUAGGAAGAAAUCAGUUGCACAAAAAAAAGAGUGGCAAAACCCAAAUACAAACGAACCGUUCUAUUUUCCAAAUAUUUGUACGGUUAAAUAAAGUGUGCAAUAAAAAACAAAAAGCAGAACACAAAGUGUAAUGGACGCAAGCGGCGCGGCCGCAGCGGAGUGUUAGAUAAAUAAAAAAAAUAACUUAUAAUAAUAUUUCCAGAUGAUGUAACACUUUAUGUGAUGAAAACCAAAAAAAUAUAUAAGAUCUAUUUCCGAUACUUUAUGUAAAUAAAUAAUAUUGAUUGCAGCGGAGAAUAAAAA